AAAUGUGUCUCCAAAUCCUAAUCCAACAUAUAUAUCCACCUAGCUAUUUUUUACGAAGGACACUUAAUGAACCUAUUGUAUUGGAUUGUUUCAACUCAAGGUCUAACUUGAUUGCCAAUAUUUCAAAGGGGCAUCUCUACGUAGCCGGUACCUUGGAGGGUUGGACCAAAACAAACGUCCCACACUCCGAAGAAAACGAACAGAACCCUAUGUCCUUUGGUUACAUCACAGAACUCAAUCUCAUUUCAUUUCACACAAAAACCUCUCUCUUUUUCUCUCCACUCACUUUCUCCCCCAUAUUUUUCCUAAUUUCACACAAAUCCAAUCAUCAUCAUGUCAAUUACAUGCAAAAUAUGUAACAGAUUCAGAAAGCAAUUCAUAUUUGACAAUAUAGAAGGCUUCAAUAAUAAAUACAACAAACUCUAGGGAGGCCAUAGCAAAAUUCCACACUGAAAGUUAAGCAUAAAAGGCCUGCUUGCCUAGCACAAGAUAGCUCAAACUACGAACAAAAAUGGCAAAAGUGAAGCUCUUUAUGAUAUGGUCCAGACCUUUUUCUCUGAGAAUAGUUUGGGCACUACAACUCAAAGGCGUCCUGUAUGAAACAAUCCACGAAGAUCUUUCAAACAAAAGCCCUUUACUUCUUCAGUCUAACCCUAUUCAUAAGAAAGUUCCAGUGCUCCUGCACAAUGGAAAUGCAGUUGUUGAAUCACUCAUAGUUCUUGAAUAUGUCAACGAAACUUGGAAGGAGGAUCCCUUACUGCCGGAAGAUCCUCUUAAGCGAGCGACUGCACGCUUUUGGGCCAGAUAUGGUGAUGAGAAGGUUUUGCCAUCUAUUGGGGAAUCCUUUAUGAAGGAAGGGAAAGAGCAAGAUGAAGCUAUCGUAAAAGCCAAGGAAAACUUGAAGUACCUGGAAGAAGAGCUAAACAGUAAGAAAUUCUUUGGCGGAGAGAAACUUGGAUUUGCGGAUAUUGCACUUGGAUGGCUCGCACACUAUGUGAGUGUGUUUGAAGACGUAGCAGAUAUGAAAAUGGUGACCGAAGAAGAGUUUCCAUUGUUAUCAGCAUGGGCGGCAACUUUUGCAGAUGUUCCUAUAAUCAAAGAUAAUUGGCCGUCUAUAGGCAAACUUAUUGCCAAGUUUCAGGCUAGCAUCGAAAGUCAUCUUUCGAAAAUGUACCAAGUUGAUUAA